AUGGACCGCAGUGGAGUCAGCAGUGGAGUCUCCUACCUGGAGAAGGGUGGGAGAGAAGAAGUACAGCAGGCGGUGCAAAGAAACAGCCAUGACUGUGACUACAAUGUUGGUAACAACACCCAACCCCACAAUACCACCCAGGACUUCUUGUGUUUCUCCAACAUCAUCUUUCUGAGUACAUCUACAAAUGCACUAACUACUUCUCUUUGUACUGUUCUCUCUUCUUCAAUAUCCACAACAAUAAUGUCCUCUUCUCUAUCCUCCACUAGUGCAAAUUCAAUGCUUACUACCACCCCUAACUCUCUUUCUACAUCCUCACUUCUCUCUAGUGUGGAAAAGAUAGGCUCUUUUGCUACUGCUUUCCAUGCUCCUUUUUCAUCUGAAACUGUAAGAACAUCUCCAGCCACAUCUUCUCUGAAGACCUUUGUUACUGAAACAACCCCACGCUGUUUUAUUUCUUCUGCUGCCCCAUGUCCAGAAUCUGUAUCCGUUACCAUAGCACCUGCCUCUCCCACUACUUCAUUUGUGGGAAUGGGUCCAAGUAGUGAAGUUUCUUCUCUGCCCACCAUCCCAAUGUCAGUGUUUACUUCCACUGCUGAGAUGGCCACUCCUAGUUUCACCAGUAUGACAACCAUGUUUCCUAUGCAUAUGGACACUUCUACUGUUCUGGAAACUCAUCCUACCAACAGCGUAACAGAUGCUCCUAGUUCUGUCAGCACUGGGACUGUCCCCAGUCGCACAGUUUUGACAAGCACUCAAAGACCCACCAGUGGAAACUGGAUGGGCACCAAUUCUGUAACCAUCCCACAUAUGCCUGGAUUCACUAGCCUCCCACUGACCACAAAACCAAGCAGCAGCUUUCCAACUGCGAUGUUGACUUCAAUCAAGUUGACUUGCUCCACCCCAGCCAUGAUCAAGACUCCAGACACACCAGCGGUCACCUCUCAGAGUGCUGUCAUCCUUACAUCAUCCAGGACAACUUCGACCACCACUCACUUGGACCACUGCCCCAGGGCAAGCCCUAUCCUGAACUUCCUUUUUUUUUUCUUGUGCUGUGACAAUGGUGGCACCUGGAUGCAAGGCCUCUGCCACUUGCCCUUGGGGUUCUCUGGGCCCCACUGUGAGCUCCAGGAUAUCAGGUGCCAGCAUGGGGGUAAAUGGGAUGGCCUCAAGUGCCACUGCCUUAGCACCUUCUAUAGCUCCCAUUGUGAGUUUGUGGUGGAACAGGUGAAUCUGGGUGAACUGGAGUCUGAAGUGGGCAUGGAGGUCUCUGUUGACCAGGUGUUCUCCCUGGACCAUGACAACACUUCCAUAGCCUACAAGGAUUUCAGUGACACCUUCCGGGAUCAGACCCCAAGGAUCUCGGCAUUUCGGAUGCAGAAGAUUUACCAAAAUGUGAAGGGGUUCAAGGAUGUGGAGAUCCUGUCAUUGAGGAAGGAGACCCUUUUGGGGCUGUGGAGGAAUGGCAGCAUUGUGGUGGACUACCUGGUCCCGCUGGAGUUGCCCUUUAGCCUCCAGCUGGAGAGCAAGCAUGUGAAGGUGAAGACAGUGCUGAAGGAGAAGCUCCAGAAUGUCAGCCAUAAUGGGGACAGCUGCCAGCAUACCCGGAGUGAGCCAGAGCUGGAGGGAGGGAAGGCUGCGGAGGACUAUGUCCAGUUGUACUAUGUGGACGAACUGGACAGGAAGCUGGUCUGUGCCACCAGGUGCACCGCAGGGACGAAGUUACGACUGAACUGUCAUGAGGGUGAAUGCCAACUGCGACCACGUGGCCCCCGCUGCCUGUGCGUGUCCAGCCCCUCUGAAGCCCCCGCCCUCUCCGGUGGUAGGACUGUACUCUCCACCACAGUUGUGGAGCAGGGAUGCCCGGCCUCAGACACGCACUGGUAUUGGGGAGAGACUUGUGCCUUGAGUACCAGCAAGAGCCUCGUGUCCGGGAGUGUGGGGGCUGUGGGAGCACUGCUGGUGGUCACGGUGGCGGUCCUCACGUCUUCCUCUGCUGAUCCCAGAGAAGACUGCACAGCGGUUCCUGGCGUUUCUGUGGGCAAGCAGGAAUACGAUUUGUCUCUCGAGAGUGGCACGGAGAAGAUGUUCCUGGCACCUUCCAGAACACAGGCAUCUGGGAAGGUGCUUCUCACCAGGGGCAAGCUGACUCCCCCAGCCUCACUGAGCCUGGCCCCUCUCUCUGCGGGUGAGAAUCUGAAGCGGGACCCAAUCAGCCUUGAAAACAUCUACAGCCACUUCCAGCCCUCCCUGGAGAACGUUGACCCUACCACAGAGCUCCACAUCCAGAGGCCCAGGGUGGUGACAGCGGCGCAGUGA